AUGGACGAGUUUGACAUGCACAAGGGGGGCUCUGCGAUCAAGGAGCGGUCGAACAAUCUGUACGUGAAGAACCUCCCAAUCACGUGGGAUGUUGCUCAGCUCCAGGAAUUCUUCGGGAUGUGCGGCCAGGUCACUGAGUGCCGCAUCCUGCCCAUCAGCGGGGUAGCGCCCGGAGCGUCGGCGCUGGUGCGCAUGUCCGCGGUGGAGGAGGCUGCCGCCACGAUCGAGCAGGUCCACGGGAAGAUCCCACCGGGCUCCACGAUGCCGCUGGUGGUGCGGUAUGCCGACACACCCAAGGAGAAGGCGCGCAAGCAGCUUCGCGGCCGCGGGUCCGGAGCACGGCUGGCUCCGGGCUUCCAAGUCCCCGGAGGCCCCGGCGCGAUGGGCGCGGUCGCCGCGCCGCACAUGGGCCAGGGCUUCCCGGCCCCCGCAGGCGUGGUGCAGGUGGAUCCGAUGCCGCCCAACGCCUCGCGGCUGUGGCUGUACGAGACCUUCGCACCGCACGGCGCGAUCCUGGACGUCGCUCAGGUCCCCGGGUACAAGCAGGGCUCGCAGACGACGGGCCUCGUGCUCUUCGCGCGGCUGCCAGAGGCUGUAGAGGCGGUGAUACGGCUCCAGGGGCUCGCGCAGGCGGCCGGCCUGACGCUGACGGUGUCAACGACGCCUGCAGGGCCGUUGACGCAGCAGCCCGUGCACGGCGUGCCCGCCAUGCCGAUCGCGCAGGCUGGCAUGUUGCACAGGCAGGCGCCGCUGCGUGGGCCCGGCGUGUACGGUCCGGGCAGCGAGGGCCUCGCGACGGCCGGCCGCGGGAGCGAGCCCCCGCCGCUGCAGGCGACGGCGAAGGGCCCGGGCCCGCGCGGUGGCAUGGCAGCAGAGCAGGCCUUCCGUCAGCUGAUGACGGGCCCGGCGGCCGCGUCCGAGGGGCUGCAGCCCGCGUCGGGCGCGCACGACGGCGACCGCGAGCACGACUCGCGCCCCGGCGACGCGACCGCCGGGGUGUCUGCUGCCCUGGACGCGCUGGUGCAGCAGGCCGGGCACCUGGGCCUGGCGAGCGAGUCUCGGCAGCAGGCGAGCAGCCAGCCCGACGAUACGAGCAAGUGA